AUGGUACUUAAUGCAGUGUUAGGAUGGACUAAUAGUGCUACCUAUGGGAGUGUCAUAAGUUACAACAUUUAUUGGAUCACGGUAAAUUUGGUAUUUGCUUCAUUAUUAUUUGAAAAACCUGGCAGGUUACCAGUUAUUCCAUUAACCUUGCAAAAGAAGAGAAUUUCUAAGAGGAUCAGUUCUCAUUAUGCUCCAAUAUCGCUGCGUGUUACUUCGGUUAUUCCCAGGGAAAGUAUUGAUUCCGUAAAUUCAAAGACUCCUUUAAAUAACUAA